AUGCUCUCUGCCGCCCUCAGGAAGGAAACACAGAGUCUGGCCGCAUGUACGCUCCGCUGUCGUGCGCGUCCGUGCCAAGACCUCGCCCGGCGCGCUCUCACGUCGUCCGCACCCUCGUCUUCCUCCAUUUCGCCCUCAUCAAGCGCGUCUCCUGUCUCCUCGUCGGCUCUGCCAUGGUUCAUGGACCCUUCAGAUGACCCCGCGCUUCCGUCUUCGUACGCCCGUCGUGUCGGUCUCGCACAGGCACCCACACGACCGUUACCUCCCCUUCCCGCGGAUCUGCCGUCUGACCAUCCCAUCGUGCGGUUGCACGCGGAGCUGAAGAGCUCGCCUCACCUGGAGCCGGGCACCCUGCUAGUCCGAAGCCCUAUACCUACCGCGGUUGGUCCUCCGCUACCGGAGUCCAUGCCGAAGGGCAGGCGGAAGAGGGGCAGGACGUAUGUCGGCGAGGGCGUGGCAGAGAACAUGGGCGGCAUCUGGGAAUGGCUCGUCAUCGCUCAAGUGAAGGACGGCACGGAGAACCGCGGGGCGAUCGAGUCGGUCAUCAGGGUUGUGAGGAAAGCGCUCCUUACCUGUGACUCGCCUGUCCCUCUUCCGCCGAACAACAAGCGACGAGCCAACGGCAGCUGGGCUAUGAUCGACGCUGGUGACUUCGCGGUGCACAUCCUGAGCAGAGAGGCUAGAGAAAAGUACUUCCCUGAUCGUCGGGAGUUCUCGUGA